CCAGUACGGUAAAACAUGGACGUUACCAAAAAGUGGUGCAUGUGAUGCUUUUUCCGAACAUCCAACGCAGAUUUCUUCGUAAAAAGAUUUGUUUUCGGUAAUUCCGUUUAAUGAUUUGCGUGUCGGGUUCUCUCUCUUAACUGUUUCAAUGUAUACAAUCAGUCCUUGACAGUACAGUCCAAGCAUUGACUCACUAUAUGGACACGUUUCCAGAAGAUCUGCUGUAGAUAACUGGUGUUGACCAUGAUCACUCCGGCAUUCGAGCUGAGCCAAGACGGCCAGUGUCUGACCGUCGUGGUCCGGGUGCCCUAUACCAGGACCUCAGAGUUCGACCUCUACAUCGAUGGGACAGAUUUGAAGUUCUAUGCGAAGCCCUACUUCCUCAGAUUAACUCUACCAGGACGAAUUGUAGAAGAUGGAAGGGAAAAAGCCUCAUUUGAUAUUGAUAAAGGGCUGUUCACUCUCAAAGUCCCAAAGGAGAGUCCCGGGGAACACUUUGAGGGUCUCCAGAUGCUGACCAGUCUGCUGGCCCCUAAAGGCUCCCGCUCGGCCAGGCCCCUGGUGGAAGAAGUCAGCGCUGAAGCCGGCGGAGCCGCCGCGGAGGGACCCCGCGACGACGAGGGGGAGGACGAAGAGGAGUACGACUGGCAGGUGGAGCAGCAAGUGUACACCGAGAGCUCCGAGGCGGAGCUGGCGGAGCUCCAGAAGUACGGCUUUGGCAACCAGCGGGCCGGCGUGUUUGCCAGGCUGCAGGAGGAGCUCAGCGACGUGAUUGACGUGAAGAACCCCGACGCCACCACGGCAGCGGAGCGGCGGCGGGCUCGGCGAGAGGCGGAGGGCUUGGAUUUCUCCCCGGACCACUACCUGUCUGACCUGUUUGAGGACGACGUGGUCCAGGGCCUGUUGAAGUUCAGGCCGUGGUGGACGGCGUUGAGCCCCGCGCAAGAGCCAGAGGGGGAGGCGGCUGUAUGCUUCACGGACCACGACAAGGACCAAAUGCGGCGCUUCUCCCCCCGCUCCUACCUGCUGGACAAGCCCUGCCGCCAGGCCGCCUGGCUGGGCCUGGUGGACGUCCUGCUGGCCUACGCCUACGACCAACGCUUCACCGACGGAGAGCCCACGGUGGAAUCUCCGUGGACCAUCCGGAAGCUGAGUGGAACGCUGUGCUGGCUGGAGACGUGCAGCUCCCUGCAGGAGGUCACGGUGAUGUUUGGCCGUAGGGUCCUCUGCUACCCCCUCUACCGGCACUUUGACCUGGUCACCAUGGCGAUCAGUGAUGUCGUUCGCAUUCUGCAAUCAGGCAAAGCUUGUGUCCUGAAGUGCCUGCUGGACAUCCACCGAGUGUUCCGGCAGAACGACCCCGCCUACAUCCUCAACGACCUGUACAUCACAGACUACUGCAUCUGGAUCCAGAGAGUCAAGUCCAGGAAGGUGACAGCGCUGGCCGCUUCCUUGCAGAAGACGCCGCUGAGGAAAGGAGACCUGCAGUUGGAGCUGGAGGAUUUGGAGCAGGCAGCGAUCAUGGUCGUGGAGGAGCAGCAGCAGGACGUGGACGAGAAGAAAAAGAAGAAGAAGAAGAAGAAGAAGAGGGAGCAGAGGGGGCAUGGAGGAGGUCCGGAGAGCGUCAGCCAAUCCAGCGACGAAGACGACGAGGAAAGCAGUAGUAGUAGCAGCAGCAGCAGUAGUAGCAGCAGCAGCAGCAGCAGCAGCAGCAGCAGCAGCAGUGACUCCUCUGAGGAGAGUGAGGUUUGUGUGGCUGAAGGGCAGAGCAACGCUCCCCACAGCGAGGAAGGAGGAGGGGGAGAGGGAGGAGGGAAGAAACCAGCCGAGACCAACCCUGUGGAGCGCCUGCAGCCCUCCCCCUCAUCCCCUCCCCCGUCCCCGGCUCCCCUCCCCCUCAGCGCUCCGGCGGAGGGGGAACGUGAGCCCCUCCCGGCCCCGGCUCCCCUCCCCCUCAGCGCUCCGGUGGGGGGGGAACGUGAGCCUCUCCCGGCGAGACGCAGGGUACUGAUCGAGGAGCUGGGGGAGCAGGUGGCCACGGCGCUGCACAUCUCGGAGCAUCCCCGCCGCGUCGAGGUGACCCCCGAGGCCCGGCGCCGUGCCGCGCCAGCCGCCACCGGGAACUUCCUGGAGCUCAGCCCCCGCCGGAACCCGCUGCUCAUCGUGGAGACGGCCGGGCCCCUGGACCAGGAGGACUUCAUCCUCUAGGGAGGAAGAGGACGAAGGAGCGCCUGACCUCAAACACGCCCAGUGGACGCCUUCCUAAGCCCUAGUGGGGAUGGGAUACUGGCAGACUGAUUCUGGCAGACUGUGGGUUGGAUUCUUCCUGGCGGUGCUGAAGUCGAUAUAUCGGACCGUUUCUUCUUUUUUUUUUUUACUAUUUUGUUGUUGCAUGUGGAAUCUCUUGUAUUUGUCCCACACUUUCACCGUUGCUUUUGUUGAAUUCAUUAAACUACCAGAAAUCACAAUAAAACACGAUCAGUGAAUCAUUUAAAAUCAA